UGGCAAUGUGCUUUACACCGUUUUGGGCAAGUUGAGUUACUAUCUCUCUGUAGUUAUGCCGUUAAUAGUGAUGUGUGGUUACCCCUGUAGCGGUAAAACACGACGAGCAGAAGAGCUGAAGGCGCAUUUUGAAGGAAGCACCGACAGAAAGGUUCAUAUUGUCGGAGACGGAGCUCUGGACGUUGAGAAAAACACAGUUUACGCAGAUUCCCAAAAGGAAAAAAAUGUCCGAGCGUCUCUGAAAGCCGAGGUAGAGAGGAAAGUCAACAAGGAUGACAUUGUGAUUUUGGAUUCAUUGAAUUACAUAAAAGACUUGAAAUACUUGACAGGCUACCGCUAUGAACUGUUCUGUCUCAUCAAACACACACAGACACCACACUGCCUGGUCUACUGUUUGACAUCAGAUGAAGAGAGCUCAACGUGGAAUACCAGCAGAGAUGCUGCUGAGCAGUACAGCCAGGACAUCUUUGAUGCAUUAGUGCUGAGAUUUGAAGCUCCAGACUCCAGAAACCGAUGGGACAGUCCUCUCUUCACCAUCCUGAAAGAUGACAUGCUUCCAUUUGAAGCCAUCUCUGACGCACUUUUCAAAAGAAAAGCACCCCCACCUAACCAGUCUACCCAGAGUCAACCAUUGUCAUCUGCAAACUUCUUGUACGAGUUGGACAAGAUCACACAAGAUGUGUUAAUGGCAAUUUUUAAUGCACAGAAGACGAGUGUUCCUGGGGAUCUGAUUCAAGUUCCAGGAGCUACAGAAAAGAUCGAGCUCACCAGGAACAUCAACAUGGCAGAGCUAAGGAAAUUACGGCGCCAGUUCAUCAGCUACACAAAGAUGCAUCCAACAGAGAACACAGGGCAGAUUUCUAACAUGUUUGUGCAGUAUUUAAAUAAGAGCCUUCACUGACAUUUUAUCGCAUUGGUAUGAUUUUUUUUUUUUUAGACAAAUAAAU